GCUUGCUAGAAUUUUUAAAAUGGUGCACUGACAGCGGUCACACAGUCACUACUGAGGAAGCAAGAAUUCGUUAGCUAGAGAAAUGCUUAUUAUUUUUGCAGUUUUAUUGCAGUGUAUGAUUUCAAAUGCUGAAGACUGCGGUCCUAUAGGAUAUGACGCAAAAGAUCUUUUAAGUCCCAGCUAUUGGUAUUUCGACCUUCCGCCAAAAGACUGCCCACCUAUUCCUGAACCAGAUUUAAUCUUUCUUAACUCAACAGACGCAAAUAAUUCAACGUGUCGCAUAUACUUUAAUUUAUGUCAGUCGAUGUAUUUUCAGUGUGCUGGUUCGGUGUGUGUCAACUAUCUGAACACUGAAGAUUAUAUAAACUUUCUAGGUGAAACAGUAUCACAUCCAUUUCAUGAAAAUCAUGAUGCGAAGGGUUUUAGAGCACAGUACCCUGGGCAAUAUUUACAAUGCAAAAAUGGUAGAAAGAAAGUAACAACCACUUUUGUUUUCACGUGUGACAAAAGUAAGGUCUGGAAGCGAAAUGUCAGGAAGCAGCAUGGUGGCUCUGAGGCUCCCAAGCCAGAUUUAGUGCUGUUUAACAACAAUACUUGUGAAUACACAGUGAGUUUCAACUACUCUGGUGCAUGUUUGAAACUAUCGCCAGACGAUUCACGAACAAAAAAUAUCAGCACUGGUUCUUUUAUACUCAUCCUAUUUUUUCCUGCGGUUGUAUUGUAUUUCUUGCUGGGAAUUCUCAUCAAUCGUGUGCGUGGUCACACAGGAAAAGAUAUGAUUCCACAGAGAGAAUUUUGGAGUGAUCUACCAGAGUUAAUCAUGGACGGAUUUGCAUUUACUAUGGCAACAGUCACGUGUCAUUCGGAAGAUCGCAGUAAAAACGAAUAUACUUCUGUGGAUUGAAAGAGUGAGCUCUAGUGACGUCAUCGUUCAACAUUGUGUGGUCAGUGAAAGUUGUAUGAAGGAACAUGUGAAUUUACAACUAACAUUUCAUGCUGAGAUGGUUUCUUUUGUUUUUAGUUGUUGUUUUAUAAAAUUAUUUUUUAUACACUUCUUGAGGCUAGCAGCAACUCGCAGCGAUUCGCAAAACAUUUCUAUUUUGUUUGUAAAAAUACUAUUUUAAUAUAAUCCAUUUGACAUCUUGCUUCGUAUUUGAUUUGUGGAAGAGAAAUUAUUUUCGAAGAAAUUAUAUAACGACGUUUUUGUAUUUUUUUUUUUAAUGUCGAAUUAACCUUUAGUUUUCAGUUUUAGAAUUUUUUAGGUUGUUUUUACUAUUUUUUAUAAAGUUUGGUGACUUUAAUGUCCGAAAUUUUUAAUGAUCCGCGAAAUUCGUUGAAAUUGUUUAAAAUUUAUUCCCUGAUAAUGAAAAAUUUCGAGUUUUUUUUAAAUUUGCUAAAUAAAGUAGUCGUAUAAAACAUACAGAACCACUCGCUAGAAAACAUGCGCAAUAAAAUUAAGUUACACGCAUGAUUUCAGUUUUCAUGAUCUCACGUAUUUAGUUACCAAUCCUUUUGAUCUUAGUCGCCUAACUUUCCUAUCGGAUUAAACAUUCCUGGUAAGGAAGUGUAAUUUGGUCGAUCACACUCCAGGACUGCGGCGAGAAGACUUCAAUGAAGCGAAUAAUUAUGAAAAAAAUAUGAAGCCUCGAAAUGGGAAAUGGUGACGAGACAAGUAGGUUUUGGUAACAUUGAGAAACAUCCGAAAUAAAGUUUUUAAAAUCAGUUGUUUAGUAGUUUACCCUCGGACUUUGGUUUUUCAUGCUUAUUGUGGCUGCAACAAUCUUCCAGUAAAAUGGCAACUGCUUCAUCAUCCCAAGUAAUCGAAAA